CAACAACAUAAACAAAAAGCACUCGUUUUCAAAAAGUAUGUCGCUUGCCGUCGCUUGCUUUCUGGAUGAAAUCAAAGAAAUUAUUAUGGUGGCGUAGGCCUAGCAGAUUAGAUAGAUAUUAAGCCUAGGCUAAGCCUACAGAUGCCCUGUUGAUGUGGGGAUUCUUCAAUGAUAAGUUGAUUUUGAUUUAGAGUUUUCAUUUCUUGGUGAACAAUGGCUGCAGAUCCUAAGGUUGUCCCACUUCAAAAUUUACUGGCGAAAAAAGAACAAGAAUGGAAAGAAUUACAAGAAUUGAGGGCACAGUCAUUAGAGGAAGCUUUCAAAAUUAAGGACAAACAACUACAAGAUGAAAGACUGAAGUUUCAAGAACUUAAAGAGGACUUUAAAUACAAUUUGAUGCUUUUGCAAGAGCGAGAUCAAGAGCUAACCAAAACUGAGGUUUUGCUGCAUAAAGUGAAAAAUGCUGUCAAUGAAAAAGUUGCAGAGAUCAGCAGUCUCAAAAUUCAGUUGGAUGAGAUGAAGAUGAGUGUUGCCAGAGAAACAAAGGCAAGGGUAGAUCUCCAAGCCCACUACCAACAGAGAUUGAAAAGCAGAGAACAGGAUCUACUGCGUAUCAAAAUUGCUAAUGAGUCCGAGGUUAAAAAAGAACGCGACAACAUUGAUGACUACAAAAGGAGCCUGCAGCGGCAACUUCAAGAACUGGAAGAAGAGCUUGGAAUCCAGAAGCAAGAACUUGCAUUUGAAAUGGAUGAAGUGCUAAAAAAACGGGAGAAAGAAUGCCGGAAGAAGGUAGAUGAGAUGAGCUCAUCUCUACUGGCCUACGAAGUGAAAGUUAAAUUAUUAAGCAGAGAAUUAGAAUUAGUUCGACAAGAGAAUAAGAAAUCCUCAAAUCAUCUACAAGAUGCUGAUGCACAUAGGAUGGAAAGAGAAAAACAAUUGAAACAAAAGGAAUGGGAAUUAGAAGACAUGAAAGGAAUGAAAGAUGCCAGGAUCUCUGAAUUGGAGAGUGAACUGCAAUUAAAGGAGGCAACUGUUAAGAAAGCGUUAGAAGAUUAUCAACGAAGACAUGCAGAGCUUGAUAGAUAUGCAAGAGAAAAGGAAGCGGCUGUAUCUGCUAUGAAAUCUAGUCAACAUGAAAUGGAACAAAAACUGAAACAUCAACUGAGAGAACUACAGACACAAGUUGAGGCUUUGCAAGUGGAGAAGAGAAGAAUGGAAUGGUCCAAUGCUGAUACAGUUCAAGAAAAAGAUAACCUCAUCAAUAGGCUUCAGAAUGAGGUAUCAGAUGCCAAGUCACAUUCAGAUCUCCAUCUUGCUAAGAUCUCUAAGGAUGUAGUUGCCAAAGAUCUUGAGAUCCAAGCUCUGAAAGAAGUCCAGGAUGCUCUGCGAGGGGAACUUGCUCAGAGGAGAGAAGAUGUGGAGAGGUACAAAAAAGAACUAUCAUUAGCCCUGGAAAGAGAAACUGCUAAUGAGAGAUCAAAAACACAGCUUGAUCUUGACUGGCAGAGAAGGUGUGAAGCAGCUGAGAGGAAUCAGUAUGCCAGCUCAGAGGAUCUUGUAGAGAGGUUAUCCAGAGCAAGACAAGAGGGGGAAGCAGUAAUAAAGGAACAGCAACGUGAACUGGACCAAAAAAGUGAUUUAAUUCGGGCCCUUACAAGGCAGCGUGACCAGGCCUUUGCCACACUAGAUAAGCAUGGUUUAACUGUGCAACAUAACUUGGUCCCCGAAAAUGGAUUGAAUCCGGAUGAAGGAUCGUCGGUGGAAGACCUAAAGCAGCAAAACGAAAUGUUAAAGAAUGCAAUCUCAAGUAUGCGACAGGAAAUGGAACAGCUGGGCAAACAAAGUCUACAGAAACAGCCACUAGAGGGCAGUUUAUCAAAUGAUGGACCUAUAUCAGAAGAAUAUGUUAAAAUGAUAGAGAAGGAAUGCAGGGAUUUGAAAGUCAAGAACAGGGCACUAAAUGAUAAAAUCAACUUGGCUGGAAGAUCAAAAGAAAAAGGGAAUGAUGGGAUUAUUCCUCCAUCAGUGGACAAUGCUUAUAUCCGACAUCAUAUCCAAUCAUUGAAUGAUACUAUCGGAACCCUUAGGACUGAGAAGUUAGGCCUCACAGCUCAACUGAAAAAACAACAAAUCCGAAUAACUAGCCUAGAGUCCAGACUUUCGCAAGUGUCACAACAGCCUACUACAAAGCAAGCAGAAGUUGACCAACUUCAGUAUGACAUCUCAACUCAAAUGAGACGUCAUGCUACCGAGGUUGCGUCAUUCAGGCAGAGAAUCGCUGAUUUGGAGUUGGAACUUGCAGAGACACGGCGGGAAGCUGAUGAAUACUACAAGGGAGGACUUCAGACUAACCUUGAAGCCAUGGCUCUUGGCAAUCAGGUAUCAGCACUUAAGAUGGAUAUUGCUGCCAAGCCACACGUGAUACCUCACCAGUCUUCAUUUGUUGGUGAACUUCAGAGGGAGGUUGAACAUCUAAGGAGACAGCUGACCACCAGACUAUCACACAAAGGGCCUACAGGAGACAACUUGCUGAGAGAAAAGUUAAGAUCUGCUGCCAAACACAUUCAACAAUUAGCCAAAGAGCGGCAGCAACUGAUAGAAAUGGGGAAUAAAUUGAGAGCAGAACUCAACAAGUAUCGACCGAGUAAAGAUACAUCUGAGAAGAGGUAUGGGCAGCCAAAGCUUUCAACAAAGCAGAUGAAGGAUACAUUCCAAAGAAAAUUGGAUGAUGUUGAGCUUCUCCAGUAUCAGCUUACUAUGAAGGAACUGCAAUAUGCAAAUAGGGGUUUACACCAUGAUGAAACACAUGCUGAGGUAGUACAGGUGGAGCUGAGUUCAUCCUCCGCAUCAACAUCCAUACAGGAGAAUGAAGAGGAUAGGGAGCAAUCAUCAUUCUUAGUUCCAGAUAGACUCGAGAGGGACCAAUCACAGCAUGGACCUAGGUUUGCAGAAGCCAGUGACCAAUUACAGCAAGGAACUAGGCCUAUGGUAGCUGGUGAUGCCACGAUGUCAAAUAGGGAUGGACAGACUCCCCUACCUAUGUCAACAUUUGGAGAAGAGUCUCUAAAGGAUGUAUGGCAGUUAUUGGAUGAUGGGAUGACAUUCAUGCAAAGUCCAAUGCCUACAAAACGAGAUUAUGAGAAUGAUACAAGGCAGGACUUCAAUCAGUUUACCCAUGAAGCGCCUGCACACCUUGACAUCCAAGGAGAAGGAAAGCAAUUACAGCAAAAGCCUGUCGCUGAAAAAAGAUUAAUUUCAAAUAAAGUGACGGGAAAAGUGCAACAGAAACAAUCAAAAACAACUAAAAUACGAAAUUAUAAUAUUAAAGAUGAUCGUGAUGUGAACAAAGCAAUGUAACUCAAUGGACCUAGUCAAGUGACAUAGAAAUUUGUGAUCUGUGAUAACCACAGAACAGCGCCACACCCACUACAUCAGGAGAUAACCCAAUUUUUUUUUUCUCAAAGUGUAUGUGCAUUAUCUAAAAUGCACAUGGGCCAGUGUCGUACACAGGACCAAAAGCUUCUAAUACAGUAUUAGAAUAAAAGAUAUGUGGAAACUUCACGCAUAAAAGCUUUGUCUAAACAUCUGUGUUAAGCUAUUUACUAUGUAAUAAAAUUCUUUUUUAAAGUAA